GGAGGGAGGGAGUUGGAAAUGUGAAUUUGGGGAGGGGGUCUUGGGGCUUUGGAGGCCUGGUUAAGGCGGCCUCUGUGAUGAGUGUGGCCUGGGUGGAGUGCCGAACCGCCACGCCUUUCUGAGCCAAAAGUAGGAGCAUGUGUGUGCGUGCACACGCGGCGUGUGACUAGGUAUGUCUCUGCAUGUCUGUGUGGCAUGUCCGCCUGUGUUUAUGUGCGCUCUGCAUGCCUGCACAGAGUGUGACUGUGUGUCUGUCUAUGUCUUUGUGGUAUGUAUCCGUGCGUAUCGGUGUGUCUCCGUGAAUUUGUGUGGCUGUGUGUAGGUCUGUGUGUCACCGUGGCUCUGGGCGUGUGUCUUUGUCUCCUGUGUGUCUCUGUGCUUGUCUGUGUGUGUGCCAGCGUCCGUUGUCUCUGUUCGUGUACUGCCAGGAGCUCAUUACUCAGCAGGCUCGUAGAGCUGGACUCUUGGCCUGGUGCUCCUUGCCGAAGCACGGUAAGGUGAUUUCCAAGGGCCGCCCCGUGAGGCUGUUCCUUUUCCUUGAAGCCAGCUGCUUGGGUGCCCUCAUUGAGCUGCUCUGUGUAUGCCCCUUGGCUGCACUCAGACAGCACCAGCUUGGUCACUCCAGCCCUCACAGCAGCACUGACAGUGAACUUUGCUGUUCCUGGGGCACUGUGAAAGGCUGUGUUGGCGCGCGGGGAGCCUGGCCAUGGGUGUUUGAAGUGUGUCCCAUGUGCCUUUGGGGAGGUAGGAACUUCCCUAGCCCGGAGGUCUGCUCUGAGGAGGCUCCCACCUGCUGACUGUCAACUGAUUUAACUGCUGGAAAGAAUUCCACCCACCUGCCUGUGCCAGUGCUGGCUCCUGCCCCACCCCUGCCUCCCGCCACCUCCUGCCAGGCUGGGAAGUGGGUGAAAGGAGCGGCUGAAGCCAACACAUGGGCCCUGGCCACCUCCCAGGGGGCGGUGCCCCUGGGUGACACCUGGUGCCAGAGCAUAAGGAAGAGACAGUUUCAGCCUCCCAGGGCAGGUGGCAGGUGGGCAGGGAGGCCAGACAGCCUGCCAACCACGGGGCUCUAUUCUGUCCCCUCCCCAGGCCGUGGGCCCGGUGACAGUGAGGCCGUGGUGGCGCUGGUAACAGGAUGCCCCAGGCCCUGGAGCGUGCGGACGGCAGCUGGGCCUGGGUGGUUCUGCUGGCGGCCUUGGUGACCCAGGGCCUCACCCUGGGGUUCCCCUCCUGCAUCGGCGUCUUCUUCACCGACCUGCAGCGUGACUUCCAGGCCAGCAACAGCGAGACCUCCUGGUUCCCCUCCAUCCUGGUGGCUAUGCUCCAUGCUGGGGGGCCCCUGUGCAGCAUCCUGGUGGGACGCUUUGGCUGCCGAGUGACCAUGAUGCUGGGGGGCGUGCUGGCCAGCCUGGGCAUGGUGGCCAGCUCCUUCUCCCGCACCCUCAGCCAGCUCUACAUCACGGCAGGCUUCAUCACAGGCCUGGGCAUGAGCUUCAGCUUCCAGUCGGGCAUCACGGUGCUGGGCUUUUACUUUGUCCGCCGGCGGGCUCUGGCCAAUGCACUGGCCUCAGCGGGGUCCUCCCUGGGCAUUACCCUCUGGCCGCUGUUGUCCCGCUACCUCCUGGAGGACCUGGGCUGGAGGGGCACCUUCCUCAUCUUCGGCGGGGUCUUUCUGCACUGCUGCAUCUGCGGGGCCCUCCUGAGGCCCGUGGCCACCAACGCGGCCCCUGAGACCACAGAAAGUCCCCCUCCACCUUCAAAGACGCCUGUGCACAGUUGCCUGGCAACCUGCGGCCAGGCCAUCCAGCACCACCUGGCCUUCGACAUCCUGCAGCACAACCGGGGCUACUGCGUGUACACACUGGGCGUGAUGUGGAUGAUCAUGGGUUUCCCGCUGCCUCACGUCUUCCUGGUCCCAUUCGCCAUGAGGCACGGGGUGGAUGAGAACCGGUCAGCCCUGCUCAUGUCCAUCAUCGGCUUGAGCAACAUCUUCCUGCGGCCCGUGGCUGGGCUGUUGAUGGGCCGGCCGCCCUUUGCCGGCUACCGCAAGUACCUGUUCUGCCUAGCAGUCCUGCUCAACGGGCUCACCAACCUGGUGUGCACAGUGUCAGCUGACUUCCGGGUGCUGGUGGGCUACUGCCUGUUGUACAGCGUGUCCAUGAGUGGCGUCGGCACCCUCAUCUUCCAGGUCCUCAUGGACAUUGUCUCCAUGGACCGGUUCCCCAGCGCCCUGGGCCUCUUCACCAUCCUCAGUGGCGUCGCAGCCCUCAUCUCUCCACCACUGGCAGGCCUCCUCCUGGACGCCAGCAACAACUUCAGCUACGUUUUCUACCUGUCCAGCUUCUUCCUCAUCUCAGCCGCCCUCUUCAUGGGGGGCAGCUUCUACGCCCUACGGAAGACAGAGCAAGGCAGGCGAGCCAAGGCGGAAGGAGCCGUCCGGAAGGCUGCCCUGCCGCAGGCUCUGAACCCCAAAGGCAAAGAGACUUCAGAGAAGCAGCCAUGUCUUGAGAUCACAUACGUGACCAGUGUCUGAGCCUCACAGGUCACGCGUGUGACCAGCUUCUGAGCCCCGAGAUCAGUACAUGGCCACUCUCUCAGCAGAGACUUGCGACCUCCGGCGGCUUCGCCAGGGGUGAAGGGCAGCCCAGGAAGCCCGAGUCCAAGGCUGUCCAGACUCUCCAGGGGCCUGGAGGAUGGCCUCUGCAGACAGACCCAGGGCCCUUCCCCGCAGCCGGAUUGAGGGGGUGGCUCUCCUGACUUUUCCAAGGGGACCAGGGGACCUAGGACCAGCAAGCUGGGGCCGAGCCCUGCUCAGGACUGUCCCAGACGUUCAGUUCAGCUGGCUGCCUUGCUGCUCCUACAACUCGACACACUGGACUUUCACCUCCAACCGGGAUACCACGGACAUCAUCCCUCUUUGUGCUUCUUGGGCUUCUGGACAAUUCGGAAGAGUUCACCCUGCUCCCGGGGCCCGCCCUACUCCCUCUUCCCAAGGGACCCAGGAGUCAGUCCCUUAGGAAGGCCAACACUGAGGGUGGGGCUGCCCCAGCCAGGGUUGCUGGAGCCCGUGAGAGGUGCUGAGUCGGCCCCAGGUGCAGGAUGGGGACAGUUCACAGGUCCAGUGAGUGCCUUGCCUGGCCCUGUGCAGAGAGCAGGAGGGGAGCCCCUGGCUGGGGUCCCGGGAGUGAGGGGCUCCCCAAGAGUCUUAGAGUCUCAGCAGGACCUGACUCGGGGCCCCCCACCCUCAGUGGGGAAGAAGACUCUGGGGUGGAGAAGCCGGACACUGUCCAGGGGAGGGGAAGUCUUGCUGGGCAGCUUGAGGACCACUGUGAAGACAGGGCUGCUUCUCCAACAGACUCCCGCCCCCUCCGCCCCUCCGCCCCUCCGCCCCUGCUGUGUCAGAGGGGUGAACCCCAGGCUGAGCAGCUGGCUGGGCCAGCUGCCUGGCCCCGCCACAAACACGUUGCUGGCGCCCUUCCCUGAGGUCGCCACCCCCCUGAGCGCCGGCUGCCGUCAGCCCAGGCUUGUCCCAGCAGGGAGCCGGGGGAAUGGGAAAACACAGUGUGUUUGAAUUGCACACACGACCAUUCCCUGCAGCCAGUCAUCAACUCCGAGCUAAUACAGCUGGAAGGCAGGCCUGGCGUGAGAGCCCCCUCCUCUUUCUCCCAACCUGGCAGGGGCUGCCCGGGCUCAGGCCCUUGUUUGUUGACUCAGGCUCAACCAGGCUCCAGCAAGAAAAUGUUAUCAGGAGGAUUGAUUUUAUUUUCAUGACCCAGCCUCAGCCUGCCUCCAUCACGUGUGCUCUAGCGUGAAUAAGCAUCCUUGGGAAUGGUCCGCGAGCCAACUCCAGGACUCUGCCAUGAGUGCCCCCUAAUGGCCAAAGGAGGCAGUGCAGAGGCAAAGCCAAAGACGGCUGGGAUAGAGGUGGGAUUUCACUUUUGUGCCAAGAUACGCUGUGUGACUUCAGGCAAACGGUCACCAUCUCUGGGCCUUGGAAAGGGAAGGAGUUAACCUGGAGAGUUAAGCCUCUUCCAGUCUGGAGAGUCUGGAUUUGAGUGUAUUGAAGCCACACCUUCGGGCUCCCCGUUCAUUCCUGUGCUUGGCCACAGGCAUAGCUUGUGCUCUCAACAAGACCGCUUGGACACAUCUCC